AUGGCUGCACCUAACACGGCCACCACAUCAGUGGUGGAAUCCGCCUCCGUUGCGGUGGCGUUAUCCUCGGAAGAACUUGCUGCCAAGGCGAUGCAUAAGAGAUAUGAGGGCUUAGUGACUGUACGGACCAGGGCUGUUAAGGGCAAAGGAGCUUGGUAUUGGGCGUACUUUGAGCCAAUUCUUGUGCACCAUUCCGAUACAGGCUUAGCAAAGGCGGUGAAGCUGCGGUGUUCCUUGUGCAACGCCGUUUUCUCCGCCUCUAACCCGUCGAGAACCGCCACUGAACAUCUCAAAAGAGGGACUUGCCCGAAUUUCGCUUCAGCUCCUAAGCCUAUUUCAUCUGUGCCUUCAUCUUCUUCAGUCUCGGUGGCUAGUGUGGGGCCAAGUACUAAUACUUCUUCUCCUCAGCAACCCCACAGCCACCACCGGAAGCGUAGUUCUUCUGGUGGUAGUCGUAGUGAGGGUGGAGGCGGCGGCGGCGGCGGCGGUGGGGCCUCUGUCGGCAUUAUUACUACAUUAACGCCUCACAAUGUUCCCCCAUUGGCCAUUGUUGAUCCUUCAAGAUUUGCAUUGGAGUUAGCUUAUCCACCUGUAAUUUCAGUAGCCAGUACUAGUGUUGUUGCAUCUGCUAGUGCAAGUCCUCGUGGUGGUGGUGGUGGUGGUGGUGGUAGUAGUGGUAGUGGUCUUGGUGGCGGCGGUGGCGGUGUGUUGUAUGCUCAGCAACAACACCAAUUAGUAUUGUCAGGUGGUAAGGAAGAUUUGGGACCUCUAGCAAUGUUAAAGGAUAGUGUAAAGAGACUAAAGAGUCCCAAAGCAGAAACUACUCCAGCAUUAAGCAAAUCCCAAAUUGAUGCUGCUCUGGAUUAUCUUGCUGAUUGGGUUUAUGAGUGUUGUGGGUCAGUAUCAAUCUCAAAUCUUCAGCACCCUAAAUUCAAGGCAUUCCUCAACCAAGUUGGGUUGCCUUCAAUUUCUCGAAGAGAAUUCUUUGGUUCGAGAUUAGAUGCUAAGUACGAGGAACUAAAGGCUGAGUCCGAGGCCAAAAUUCGAGAUGCCAUGUUCUUCCAGAUAGCAUCUGAUGAGGGCUAUGAUUUGUUUAAUGAGAAAUAUGAAGCCCCACUGGGCUCGGAUCCGAUUAGGCCCAAUGAUAUGGAUCCACCAAACCCAUUACAAGUCAAUUAA